AAAUAUCCAAUCAUCAUUCGUCAUUCUCUCUGCCUGAACCGCGGAGUUAAGCUGACGGAUAUAUAAAAUGCGAGAUGCGGGGCUUCACUCUUUCGAUGCGGCUUUUUAUUAAUUCGCUUUUUCCGCAGUCAAAUCCAUGUUCGAUGGCCCUUUCAGCGCGAUAUGGAUAACUUGUAUUGUCCUUUUAAUUUUCGGCUUUAUUGCAGUGAUGCGACGGUGGCAGAUUGGUCAUCAAGAAGAGGGACCGCAGCAGGAAGUUGUUUCUUAUGUUAGCCAGGACUACAAUCCUCAAUACUACGUUCGAUCAAAUCAGCCUACGCCGACAUCAUCUGAAGCCCAAAUCAGUCGCCCUCCUGCAGUGUAUCAACCAGACAGUUAUGUCAUUGAUAUGCCACCUCCGUCAUACCAAGAAUAUAAGAAAGAUGUUCCACUACAAAGCUUCGACCAACCUCCCAAUCCGUUCGCUUCCUCUACUCAUCACAACACUACUUAACGGUAUUCUUUUAUCUGUACACAUUAUACUCCCUCUUGUAAUAUUUUGUAAUCCUCAUGGGUUUUAUCUCAUCCUGUAAUUAACACUCCUGUCGUGUUUCACUGUGGAUUUUUUGCCGGCUUGUUAGGCCAGACACCUUGAUAAAACACACUGAAACAUACACCCCAAGAACAGAAAAUGAUGUCAUUGCCAAUGCUCGUUAUGUAUACCUUGAUGGUGAUGUAUGCAGACCUCCCAGUGUAACUGUAAAAACCACCAUAAAAUACUGUAAACAUGAAAUAUCUUGCGAUUUACGUUCCUAUUAUACAAGUUUGCUGUUGAAGCUAAUGGAAGAGAUAUUCGAUCGCGGUGAUUUGAUCAACGAAGAAUCGUUGAUUCCAAGGAAGAAGCCCACCAUGUCAAUAACCUCUACGCAUAUCAUAGAUUUCCUGUUUCCCAAAGGAAUCCCAAUACCACUGCUGACACCAUUGUUCG